AUGGCUGUCGAAACACACAAAGUGCGAGUGAAAAAAAAGCCAAGUCGCUAUGCGGGCGCGGCAGUACCUUGACGGCGGUCUCCUCGCACGGACCGACUGGCGGCGCGGCGGAUGGCUCUUCCGGCGGUUUUUCAUCCGCGGGUAAUGCCACCACCGGCGGUUCCACGAGCCCCGCCGGCGUCAGAGACGUCUAUUGCGCGGUCGCCCUUGACCAAGAAGAGAUUUAUCGGACUAGCACGAUAGAACGCACUCUGGAUCCAUUUUUCGGUGAAGAAUUCCAGUUUGAAAUUCCACGCACGUUCAGACAUCUGUGUGUAUACGUCUUCGAUAGAGAUCGUCAUCUGAGGCAGGACAGACCAGUUGGAAAAGUUGCCAUACGUCGUGAAGAACUACAAUCUUAUGACCGUCGGGAUCAUUGGUUCGCACUCCGACCCGUGGAUGCAGACAGUGAAGUACAAGGCGCUGCCAGAGUUCUCCUGGAUUUUGAAAAGGGCCCCCCUAACUCUCUAUCGUCAUCAGCUUCAGGCAGUGGAAAUAAACUAUCCCGCAGGCGAGGCAUAGAUGAUGAAUUGCCGGGAGUCGUAACCAUGCAGCAGCAAAGAGCUGGAUCUCUUCGAGAAAGGCGAAUUAGGACGGCUGCAAGUCCACUGAGCCAUUCAGAAAGCCUCAACGCGCAUUGUUGUAGUCCACAAACACUAAAACAAAGCACAGAGACUGGCGGUAGCACAUGUCCUUCCGUUUCUCCAUUUGAUCCUCCUCUACAUAUGGCACCACCUGUACCUGGAGCACCCACACGUGUUACUGUACGAGUAGCUGAAUGUGCGGAAUUGGCCCUAAAGAACGGUGCUUGCGAUCCUUAUGCAAUUGUUACUGCCAGGUACACGAACGGGAGAAAAAUCGUCAGAAAAACCAAAGUUAGAAGGAAAACGGAAAGUCCCACAUUUGAUGAAACGUUUACUUUUGAUUUGAGAAUAGAGACUGGCGAAAGGGACCGAGAGGGCAAUCACGCUUAUACGGAUGCUGUAAUUUGGGUGUGUCCUGCUGGUGAAGCUGAUCUUCUUGAAUUAUCAGUUGGUUUAUGGCAUGAUUCACCAGGCAUGGUUAGUGGCAGUGGUUCAUUUUUGGGUGAAAUUAGGAUACCUUUAAAAGGACACCAACAACGCGAAGCAACAGCCCGUGAUGCUUGGUACCGGUUGCAACCUAGAAGGACAAGUACAAACCAACAAUCAGGAUUUACGGAUUCAAGGCGCACACCACCAGGAACAAGACUUAGCUCUAGUGAAGGCAGUUCUGGUCUGGGAUCUCUUAGACUUAGGCUAGAUUAUACAGAAGAUAGAGUUUUCCCAGAACAGACAUAUAAUGCUUGGAGGGAUUUGCUUUUAGAAAGCACUCAAAUUCAGCCUGUUACAUCAAGUGCCGUUUAUUUAUUAGGAGAGAUAAUUAAAGACAAAGAACAUGCAGCUAAACCUCUUGUAAGACUUUUUACUCAUCAUCACAAAAUCGUAGAUAUUAUUAAAGUGCUUGCAGAUUAUGAAAUCUUAAAGCUUACAGACGCGACGACAAUAUUUCGUGGUAAUACCUUGGUUAGUAAAAUGAUGGAUGAAGCUAUGCGUUUAUGGGGCCUACCUUAUUUACAUCGAACCCUUAAAACUAUUGUGGAAACUAUUUUUGCGGAGCGCAAACCUUGUGAAAUUGACCCUAUGCGUGUUAAAGAUGUUUCUGCUAUUCAGGGUAAUCUUGACAAUCUCAAAGAAUAUGUUGAAAAGGUAUUUUCAGCCAUAUCAGACUCAGCAGUACAUUGCCCUGGCGCUUUAUGUGAAAUAUUUAGUCAUUUGCGAGAAAGCGCCGCGCGUAGAUUUCCUCAGGAUAAGCAAGUGCGAUAUUCAGUGGUGUCAGGAUUUAUUUUCCUAAGAUUUUUUGCUCCUGCUAUUCUUGGCCCACGAUUGUUUGACUUAACUACUGAACAAAUGGAUGACCAAACAAAUCGGACAUUGACUUUGAUUUCAAAAACCAUUCAAAGUCUAGGAAAUUUAGUGUCUUCACGAUCUGCCCAACAACCUGCUAAAGAACAAUAUAUGUGCUCUUUAUAUAAAGCAAUGUGCACCGAGCGUCAUGUAGAAUCUGUGAAAAGGUUUCUUGAGCUAGUAUCAGCCUCAAGUUCUUCACAUGAAGAAGAAUCCGAUGCAAAAACUACAUCAGACCAGCAAAACAUAGCUGAUAAUGUUCGUAUUAUUGAUAAGUCAGCCACACCUUACGGACCAAGAGACACUAGUUUUAAUGAUGAAGUUAUUUUGCUCAAAGAAGGUAUGAUGACGAAACGAGCUCAAGGCAGACGUCGGUUUGGUUGGCGCAAUUUCCGGGAGCGAUACUUUCGACUGACCACACAAAGUUUAUCAUAUGCUAAGGCUAAAGGCAAAACUGCUUUAUGUACCAUACCAUUGGCUAAUAUUUUGGCCGUAGAAGAACUUGCAGAACGAUCUUUCAAAAUGAAGAACAUGUUUCAAAUUGUACAAGCAGAAAGAGUGCUAUAUGUUCAGACAGCAAAUUGUGUUGAACUGAAAGAAUGGGUUGAUAUUUUACAUAAAGUAUGCAAUACAAAUAGAAAUAGACUUAAUGUUUAUCAUCCAUGUGCAUUCCUGAAUGGUCAAUGGCAAUGUUGCCAAAGUACUGUUUCUAACGCACCAGGUUGCACAGCAGUCUCUGUGUCAAGUGGAACAUCAGAAUUACAUAUGACUCUUGACCCAGCGUGGGACCUUCAACGACUGCAUUCGCUAUUUGUUAAAAAUCUUACUGCUUGGGAGAUGUUAGUGCGAGCCUGUGAAUGCCAAACAGUUGCCGGUAAUGAUUGUAGCUUGGUUUCUCCAGUAACUGAAGACCCACAAAGUUGUUUAUUUACUUUAAUGAAGUUACGAGAUAUUGCCAAAAACUUAGAUUUAAAUCAUACUAAACUGCUAGGUUUUGAAGCAAGCCAGAUGAAAUAUGGAAGCAGGCAAGCACCCAUAGGAGAUGAUAAUUACUUUCACCUCGCAGCUCGUAGUAAAAAGGAUAUAUCUGGCUUUUUUGCAUCACAUCAUGAAUUGUUAAAUACAAGCAACCUCGAAAAUAUUUUGCCUACAGAUAAUAAUGCUGGAAGACAUAAUAGCUUUGCUAUGAAAAGCUCAAGACAGGAAAUGUUCAAAACGAUAGCAGUAUCACUGCAACAAAGUGUAGUUGAUGAGAGUAAUGGAUUACAUGAUGAAAAGCUGUUAAUAAAUAAGAAAACCAGUGAUAAUGAGUCACACCUCAAAAAAAUUCCAACACGUGACUCAAAUCAAGUGAAUGAUCUCAUUUGUGAAUCUGAUGUACGUUAA